UUUGUGUAAACUAUAGGAAUUCGGAUUCGGAUUUAAUGUAAUAAGUUCAAUGCACUGAGAGUGAACUUUUCCCUCCAGUUUCAUUUUCACGUCUAGUAAGUACACCACACUUGCCACUUGUCACUUGCAAACUUGUAGCAGAGUCAUUUGAUUUAAGCACCAAUUAAGAAAAGCAGGACGAUCUCAGAGGGCACCAAAAACUGAGUCCUACCACAACAUUUGCCGACUGGAUUGUACCAACUGCUGUGAGCAACACAAAGAUUCCAUCAGAGAAAGUCAUAAGUAUAUUUCAUUAGUCAGACCAUCAAAUGAAAUUGCACCACCGACUGACGAGGCUUCUAUAAAAGCAGAAAUAUUCCCGUCACCGUUAACAGUUCAUUUCAGAGCUGAGACCUCGUCAUGCAUCUACAGGAACUGUUCUUGGUCGUGGCCGUGCUCUUGCCCCAAUGUUUGAGGGCCCUUCGCUAUAGCCAGGGCACUGGCGAUGAGAACUGCGAGACCCUCAAGUCCGAGAUACAUCUGAUCAAGGAGGAGUUCGAUGAGCUGGGGCGCAUGCAAAGAACCUGCAAUGCCGAUGUCAUAGUUAACAAAUGCGAAGGACUUUGCAAUAGUCAAGUUCAGCCCUCGGUCAUCACGCCAACGGGGUUUCUGAAAGAGUGCUACUGUUGCCGCGAAAACUUUCUCAAGGAAAAGGUGUUCACUCUGACCCAUUGUUACGAUGCGGACGGCACUCGUCUCACCUCCCCUGAGAAGGCUACCAUGGACAUUCGCCUAAGAGAGCCUACUGAGUGCAAGUGCUUCAAGUGUGGCGAUUUUACACGCUAAGCUCCACACAUUUGUAUGUCCAUUCUACUCGCGAUACAUAAAAAUAAAGUUUCUAUUCUCAG